UAAUUGGUGCUGUUGUUAUCUUCUUUGUCCCUCGUCUUGUUAUUGUUAUUAUUUUAUAUUAUCUUAGCAACUCAAAUUUAGUACCAUUCAGUGUCUCCUAAAAUCCAGUGCUACACCCUCCAAUGACUGCUUCAAUCUGUGAUUACUGAAUAUAUAAUAUAGGUUUUGUUCUUAAAGUGGGUGGUUUUGCAGAAAUAUGGAAGGAGAUGAUGAUCGGAUUGAAGAGAGCAGUGUGAGGUUGGUGGGUAGUAGUAACGAUGGCAUCGUUGAUGGUGGUGGUGGUGGUGUUGGCGAGUCGAGGUGGGUGGAUGGUAGUGAAGUUGACUCAGAGUCACCUCCUUGGUCUUUGCUUGAUGAGAAUGAUAGCGGCCAAGGGUAUGGAUCUAUUAGGAGGAGGCUGGUUAAGAAGCCCAAAAGAGUUGAUUCUUUUGAUGUUGAAGCCAUGGAGAUUGCUGGUGCUCACCACCACCACUCCAAGGAAUUCUAUAAACAGCACCUUUUCUGCAGUCGUGCUUAGAAUCCAUGGAAAGAGAGCACGGCCAAAAAGGAGUUGGAAGGACCUUUCAGUUUGGCAAAAUCUUGCAUUGGCCUUCCAGACACUUGGUGUGGUGUACGGUGACUUGGGUACAAGCCCUCUUUAUGUCUUUACUGAUGUUUUCAGUAAGGUGCCCAUCAGGUCAGAAGUUGAUGUCCUGGGAGCUUUAUCCCUAGUUAUUUACACAAUUGCUCUCAUUCCACUAGCAAAAUAUGUUUUUGUAGUGCUCAAAGCAAAUGAUAACGGGGAAGGAGGAACAUUUGCUCUGUAUUCACUGAUUUGCAGAUAUGCAAAGGUCAAUAUGCUGCCAAAUCGACAGCCAGCUGAUGAAAAUAUUUCAAGUUUUAGGCUCAAAUUACCAACUCCAGAACUGGAAAGGGCUUUAAACAUAAAAGAAACUUUGGAGAAAAGAUCAUCCUUGAAAACUGUGCUUUUGCUUUUGGUUCUGACAGGAACUUCUAUGGUCAUAGGAGAUGGUAUUCUAACCCCCGCGAUGUCAGUGAUGUCUGCUGUGAGUGGUCUGCAAGGUGAAAUAUCCGGCUUUGGUACAAGUGCUGUGGUGGUUGUCUCAAUCAUAAUCCUUUUGGGGAUUUUCAACAUACAGCGGUUUGGAACUGGGAAGGUGGGUUUCAUGUUUGCUCCUGUACUUGCUCUGUGGUUCUUUUCUCUGGGUGCUAUUGGGAUUUACAAUCUAGUGAAGCAUGAUAUCAGCGUCCUCAAAGCACUCAAUCCAGCCUACAUCUAUUUCUUCUUCAAGAAAAACAGUAGUGCUGCUUGGUCAGCUCUUGGUGGUUGCGUUCUGUGCAUUACAGGAGCUGAAGCGAUGUUUGCUGACUUGGGGCAUUUUUCAGUACAAUCCAUACAGAUUGCCUUUACUUGUGUAGUGUUUCCCUGUCUUCUUUUGGCUUACAUGGGCCAGGCUUCAUAUUUAAUGAAAUAUCCUGAUUCUGCAAGCAGAAUAUUCUAUGAUUCUGUUCCAGGGAGCCUGUUCUGGCCAGUCUUUGUCAUUGCCACACUCGCUGCCAUGAUUGCCAGCCAAGCAAUGAUAUCUGCUACGUUUUCAUGUGUUAAACAAGCAAUGGCUCUUGGAUGCUUCCCAAGGCUGAAGAUUGUUCACACCUCAAGGAAGCUGAUGGGCCAGAUUUAUAUCCCUGUCAUCAAUUAUUUUCUAAUGAUAAUGUGCAUCAUUGUGGUUUCCAUCUUUCAAAGAACCACGGAUAUUGCCAAUGCAUAUGGCAUAGCUGAAGUUGGUGUGAUGAUUGUGAGCACCACGCUGGUCACACUUGUGAUGCUACUAAUUUGGCGGACCAACUUGUUUUUGGCUUUGUGUUUCCCGUUAGUGUUUGGAUCUAUUGAACUCAUUUACUUGUCUGCAGUUCUGUCGAAAAUCUUAGAGGGUGGCUGGCUUCCGCUUGCUUUUGCCACGUUCUUUCUAUGUGUGAUGUACACUUGGAAUUAUGGGAGCGUGUUGAAGUACCAGAGUGAGGUAAGAGAGAAGAUUUCCAUGGAUUUUAUGCUUGAGCUUGGUUCCACCCUCGGAACUGUAAGAGUUCCAGGAAUCGGAUUGCUGUACAAUGAGCUUGUCCAAGGUGUUCCCUCAAUUUUUGGGCAGUUCCUGCUGAGCCUUCCAGCAAUCCACUCUACUAUAGUAUUUGUUUGUAUCAAGUAUGUCCCUGUUCCAGUAGUUCCUCAAGAGGAAAGGUUUCUUUUCCGAAGAGUUUGUCCAAAGGACUACCAUAUGUUCCGCUGCGUUGCCCGAUACGGUUACAAAGAUGUCAGAAAGGAAGGUCACCAUGUGUUUGAGCAACUUUUGGUGGAUAGCCUUGAGAAGUUUCUGAGAAGAGAGGCUCAAGAUCUUGCCAUCGAGAGCAAUUUGAACGAGUACUUUGAUAAUGCUUCCGAGAGGUCAAGGGAUUCUGGAGCUGCAGGUGGUGAUGGGACAGAUGAACUUAGGGUUCCUUUAAUGCAUGAUCAAAGACUGGAAGACCCAGGAAGUUCUAUUUCCGAAGAAACUUCAUCAGCAUUUCCCUCUAGUGUUAUGUCCCUGGAUGAAGACCCAAGUCUGGAGUAUGAGCUUUCAGCACUUCGAGAAGCAAUGGAUUCGGGAUUUACUUAUUUACUGGCUCACGGGGAUGUGAGGGCAAAGAAAAACUCUUUUUUCUUCAAGAAACUGGUUAUUAACUACUUUUACGCAUUCUUGAGGAAAAACUGUAGAGCUGGUGCUGCUAAUAUGAGUGUACCCCACAUGAAUAUCUUGCAAGUCGGGAUGACAUACAUGGUCUAAAUCGUUUUUUUCAUUCAAGACUGUCUGGUAAUUUUUUUUAUUUUUUUUUUGUCGGUGUUAGCUACCCGUUGCAGUCUCACCACUUGAAGCUUUAAAUUAAACUUGCGGAAACAAACAAUGGAAAAUAAUAAUAUUAGCAUUACAGUUGCA